AUGUCGUCACCGUUCAUUUGCCAGCUUCCCAUGGCCACACAUGCCUACGCGUAUUGUCCACAAUCGACGAUAUUCUCCGCAGUACCUACCAUAUACCACAGUCGAACGUCGCAGGCACUUAUUGACCCUAAUGAGGCCGACUUUGAGACGAUCGCUCUGAAGUCCCUCGGAGGAUUUCUCCUGAUAAUUAACGAUAACGGAGAGAUUUACUAUGCUUCAGAGAAUAUCGAGAACUUUCUCGGCUUCCAUCAGCGGAUAGACAUGCGAGGGAAGUUGCUGUCCCUGCACGGCCUGCCAUCAUCGUACGUUCUUGGAAGGAGCAAUCCAGGUCCAGUAAUGGGAAUGAUCGCAGUUUGCACGGUCCAUGCUAUGUUGGAAUUGAGCGAGAGUGAGUUGCCAAUCUCCUUCUACAGCCUCGUGAACGUCGAAGAUGCCGUUUGCUUGGCUGAAGCUCACAAAGAAGUGAUCAAAAACGGGUCCAGUGGUCUACUGAUCUAUCGAUUGGUGAGCACGAAAUCGAAUCGGACGUACUUUGUCCAGAGUAGUUGCCGAAUGUUCUACAAGAAUGGAAAGCCGGAAUCAAUCGGGCUCACCCAUCGACUGCUGAACGAAGUCGAGGGCACAAUGCUUCUGGAGAAGCGGUCAUCGUUGAAGGCAAAAUUGCUGUCGUUCGAUGAUUCUUUCCUGCAAUCACCUCGAAAUCUCCAAUCAACAGCCGCUCUUCCACUGCCACCGCCCAGAGACGACAAUGAAGGAGGGAGGUACUUCCAUUCCGCCAACUCCUUGACAAUCGCUCCCGGACCACGACCGCUCAAGAACAGCGACUUUUCUCUCUUCCCUCCCGCCCUCGUCUCAAAGAUGGACCACUGGCAUCUGCUACAACCGCCUCUACAGGAAUUCAGCCUACCGCUGGCACCAACAUUACCAGGCGAUAUUCCACCGUGGGCACCCGAUCCAUGGUCCGGAGAGCUUUAUCCUCACUACCACAGUCCCUUAAGUUACCAAGCCUCAAUCCAACCACUACCUCGACCAGCAUAUCACGAGUUGACAACUUCUGAAUGUCAGCAGUGGCACAAUACAGGUCAAUCCCACAUGAAUCAUAGUGUGAGCCUGGCGAACAUGGAAGACACCUCUCAAUUUCUCGUUAAAGACCUUUCACAUGGCUAUCCGCUUGCUGUCGACUACAAUAAGGUUCCGAUUGAAUACCCGAUGUCUACCGUACUACCGCCUCAGGCCAACGGUUUCCAAUUCAUCUCAGAAGUCACCAACACAUUACUAGGACAGUAG